GAUCUUUGACUCGAUACUCGAGCCACUAGUGAACACUCGAUCGCGGCGCGAAUAGGUCGCCACUCGCCAUCUUAGAAAAAGUAAUAGACGUCAAAUCGCGCGCCAUUUUCAAAUAUCGAACACUAACUUUUGUUUUUCAGUGCUAUAAGGUUUUUUAUUGUUGACAGUUUUCCGUUUUUUUUUUUUGCUUUUGUUUUUUUUUUUAAAGACAAUAAGUGCAAGUGCGUGGCAUUUUUUUCGGAAAGUAAAAGGAGGUGAGACGUGUUAAAAAAAUUGAAAAAGUGAAUAAUGUGCGCGUAGUGAGUGACAGACCUUACAAGAUGGCGGCCCCGGCCGUGGUGGUCAAGCGGGCUUACAAGUACUACGGGAAGCAGGACAAGCAGGACUUCAAAUGUGUCCUACAGUACUUGGACAUGACUGUCGAAAAGGGUAUUAUAUACGGCCUCCUAGGUCCUUCCGGUUGUGGCAAGACAACACUCCUCUCCUGCAUAGUCGGGAGACGGAAACUGGACAGUGGGGAAGUGUGGGUGUUGGGGGGGAAACCGGGAGAGAAGGGCAGUGGAGUCCCAGGACCGAGAGUCGGGUAUAUGCCUCAGGACAUCGCCCUGGUAGCGGAGUUCACAGUACGAGAUGCAGUGUACUACUUCGGCAGAAUCUACGGCAUGAAGAUGAAGAAACUGGCAGAACAGUUCGACUUCCUCACUAAUCUUCUAGAACUGCCCAGUGGCGGGCGGUUAAUAAAGUCCUUAUCUGGAGGGCAGCAGAGGCGAGUUUCCCUUGCUGCGGCGUUGGUUCAUGAACCAGAACUGCUGAUAUUGGAUGAACCGACCGUUGGAUUGGACCCAGUGCUCAGAGAACGAAUCUGGGAGUUCCUAUCAGAGCAAGCAAGAAAAGGCACCACAGUUAUAAUUACGACACAUUACAUUGACGAAACGAAACAAGCACAUAAGAUCGGGCUCCUACGAGACGGUCAGCUGUUGGACGAGGAUACGCCCGAUGAAAUCCUGCGCAGGUACGAUUGCAACACGCUCGAAGAUGCGUUCCUCAAGAUGGCGCUGAGACAACACGAAGUCACUCAUAGGAGAAGAUCAACUCUCACGGGGUCACCAGAUGUCAUCCCGGAAAGCAGUAUAGUGAACGACAGUCGCUAUCAGUCCCGGGAGGAUUUCAAUGUUGUCACCAGUAGUACAGAUGUUUUAACUAGUAAAGAAAAACCUGAGAGGAUUCGAAACGGAAAGAAAGGGAGAUACAAAGCGGUGUUCAUCAAAAGUAUACAACAAUUCUCAAGGCAUCCUGGGGGGUUAAUAUUCUCAGUGCUGUUCCCGAUAGUGCAAGUGGUGGCGUUCUUCGGCGCCAUCGGCCACGACCCGAGAGACUUGCAUGUGGCGGUCGUCAACUAUGAAGCGGCGUUUUCUCCACUGGGCACGGACACAUGCAACAACAAGAGCAUCACGCGCGUGUCGCAGCGGGAAGACGAGACCUGCGAGCAGUACAUGCUGAGCUGCUGGUUCCUCGAGGAGAUGGAGAAACGGAAGCUGUUCCCUACGACAUACAAUACGACGGAAGAAGCGAAGCAAGCGGUAGCGAAGCGGAAGGUGUACGGAGCGGUGAGCUUCACGCGCAACUUUAGUGAUGCGCUCACCAUACGAGUCACUGAGGGCCGCGUGGAAGACGAUGUCAUCGACGACAGCACUAUAAGUACCUGGAUUGACAUGUCUGACCAUCAAAUAACCAACUUCGUCAAGCUACAAUUGCACAAAGCGUACGAGGCGUUUUCCAGACGAACCAUGCGAGCGUGCGGGAAGAACGAAGAUCUAGUCCAGAUCCCUGUGCGAUUUGAAACGCCGGUUUACGGAACAGCGGAUGCAGAAAUAGUGGCGUACAUGGCACCCGGCGUUAUGGUUACUAUAAUUUUCUUCCUCGCCGCCAUCAUCACGUCGACUCUGAUGAUAUCGGAUAGAUUGGAGGGCGUGUGGGAGAGGAGUGCCGUGGCGGGAGUACAGCCGAAGGAGAUGCUUCAAGUGCAUAUCGCUAUCCAGUCCACUGUCAUAUUAGUGCAGACUGCUGAAAUGAUGAUAGUAGCGUACCUAGGCUACAACCUUCCCUCCAAGGGUUCCCUGAUAACGAUCGCCAGCCUGCUGUUCCUGCAAGGCUUGGGAGGGAUGUGCUUCGGUUUCCUGCUCUCUGUGCUGUGCUCGAGCUACACUGUGUCCUUCUUCAUCGCCACCGGAAGCUUCUAUCCCAUGAUUCUACUCUGUGGUAUUCUCUGGCCAAUAGAAGGGAUGCCAGUCUUUCUACAGUACAUCGCUUUUGCCCUACCUUUCACCAUUCCCGCCAAGUCACUCAGAGACCUAAUGGAGAAGGGAAGCUCCUUCAUAAACCCGGACAUAUACACAGGGUUCCUAAUAACUAUUGCCUGGAUCCUAGGGACUUUAGCUCUAUGCUUCUUAAGACUUAGGUAUAGGAAGAUGUAAGACCACAUACUACUUAAUAGUACCUCACUCGGCAAAGAUGUUCUUCAUAUAAAUAGCAACUCUCUUAAAGACGCAAUAAAGCGCAAUUCAGCUCGCAAAGCACUGCAGCAUAACUAACUCUCUCUCUCUCUCUCUCUGUUCUCUCUCUCUUCUCUCUCUUUCUCUCUUAUGUGAUCAAAGGGAAGACGGCAAUGACUCGCGACGCCUUAAGGUCUCAACACAAUCAGUACUUUUAUAUCGGUGAUUAUUCGCUUUUAAAAGCAGGUGAAAUAUUAAUUAAACUUGUACUUCCCUUACUUUGUUUGAGUUUCAUAGUCCCCUUAAAGUCGUGAUUAUGAAAUUGCUGCAAUCACAAUGAUUGGCUGAAUUUAUGGUAGUUUUGCUGCAACUAUGCAUUUUACCCAAUAGUGAGAAAGUGUCAGCCAAUCAGAAGUGGUUGCUUUCGUCAAAUAUGGCGGUAGACAGAUUGGCUGGCUUGACAAAUGGCGAUCGGCCUUUUAAGGGACUUAACCAAGAUAAAUAAAAAAUAAAUAGCACAUAAAUAAAAUGCUUCAAUGGUGAAUUUUAGAGCUUAUAGCUCUCGGGUAGCUGUAUAUAGCUUUUAUCUUAGCUUUAUGUGGUAUCACAGCAUUAAUUUAGUUUAAGAGUAGGUUUUUCUAUUAAGUUAUAGGUUAUAGGUAUGUGACCUAAACAUUUGUGAUUUUUAAUUGUAAUAGUUCUAAUUAUAUUUUAGUUUUUAUGUGUUAAGUGCAUAGAAUAUUUUUUAAUAUUUUUUGUAAAAUAAAGGUGCAUU